AUUAAGUCAUCCAGAAAUUUCAAGGUUAAACUGAACCCAUCACCUAACGCAAUUCGUAAAACCCAAAUCAACUUAAUUUAUGGUGGUGAAAUCACUAGGCAGCAUAAUAUUGACCUCCCCGAAGAAAUUCAUGGUAUCCUCGAGGAUGAAUUCCCUUCAAAAGUUAGCAUAUUAAUCGGGUCUAAUGGAGAGUUCUAUGCUACAAUUAAAACUCUACAGGAAAUCUAUCUGUUUGAGCCUCUUUCUUAUUUUCCACAAUAUGCCGCUAGCCGAAAGGUUCUCGCUUAUCGAUUAGGUGAUGUGGUUCUGCCAAAUAUGUCAGUUUCGCAUGACGUAUUUCCACAAGUUCCACAUUCUGUUGCAGUUAAUUCUAAUGAGACAUCUAAAAGGCAAAAGCGCAGUCUAAAUACUAAGAAAAAAUUUUGUGGAUUACAUUUCAUCGCUGAUUAUAUGUUUUUUCUGAAUGUCGGCGAUAGUGAUUUUGCCAAAACUGUAGAUAUUAUCGUUAAAGCAUUCAGUCGCGUUAAUGAGAUAUUCAUGUCGACAGAUUUUAUUGAUGCUGAUAAUGCUAAUUUUACACAAAGUGGAUUUGGAUUUUAUAUUAAAGGAAUAUCGAUUGAAACAAGCCCGACUCCGGAACCCAAAGAAGUGAAUAAUGCCAAAGCUCUACUAACCAAAUUCAGUCGAAGGAAUUUUAGCAGCGCCUGUCUGCACCAUUUUCUGACCUUCACAAGGAAUCCAUUUGGAGUUCUGGGGAUGUCUUGGAUGGCUGGACCUUCUUCGUAUCAUAUUGGAGGAAUUUGCUCUCCCUCUAAUUACGUGGAAACUCGAGAAGCCGAUGGUACAUCAGUUUUUAUGGCACCAAAUAUUGGAUUCACAACGUACUGUGAUUCUGAGGGGUCGCAAGUAUUAAGUAGUGUGGCGGAACUGGUGACCGCUCAUGAAUUGGGUCAUUCCUGGGGAGCCCCUCACGAUCCCGACACGGCUGAAUGCACACCCUCAGCUGAGGCUGGAGGUCGGUAUCUCAUGUAUACUUAUGCUGUGCCUGGGUACUCUCCAAAUAACUACCGCUUCUCGCCCUGCAGCCGUCGAUCCAUUGGCCGUUGUCUAGCGUCUAGAGCUGCACUCUGCUUUGAAGAGCGCCCUUUUGAUGGAUUACCGCUGUCACGAUGUGGAAACUCACGUAUUGAUCCUGGAGAACAGUGUGACCCUGGCUUUCGUAGAAGUGGUGAGGAUCUCUGUUGUACCUCCACAUGUCAGCUCAAGCCUGGUGCCCAAUGCUCUCCUCGCAAUCACCAAUGUUGUACUCCAACUUGUCAGUUGGCUGAAAAGGGAACUCUCUGCGCAGAACCUGACCCAGAAGUUUCACCUUGUUUGUCUGCUGGUCGAUGCGAUGGCCAAUCGCCUGUGUGUCCGGGACCCUUGCCCAUUUCUGAAGUUGGUCGUCGGUGUUAUGAACACGGUCAUUGUCUUAACGGUGUCUGUACGCCUUUCUGUUCUCGUCUUGGUCUUAAAACGUGUAUCUGUGAUAAAGCUGAGGACUCUUGUCUGAUUUGCUGCGCGUUUGAUAUUGAAAUGGCCAAUGGAGAUCGCCGAAUGAUGUGUCAACCAAUAGCUGCAUUGUCUUCAUUCUCAUUGGCUAAUGAGACUACACCUCUAUCCAACGGUAGCUGGAAUCUAUUUCAAUUGCCAUUCUCGACAGACAUCUUAAACACAAGUCUAGAGAAAUAUUACUUUGUGACUAGAGAGAAUGCUCAUUUGGCGAAGGAUUAUGAAACCGACUUAAAGAAAGUGGUUAAUUUCUCGGAGUUGGUGACCAUGCAUCUGGAAAAUAACCGACCAUGUGCCGUGGGAAUCUGUCGAAAUGGACUCUGCGUUGAGUCUAAAACGCAAAAUGUAGGAAGACUGUGGCCCCUAUUCCUUUCAACUGAUGGAUGGACAACUCUUUUGUGGAAUAACAUUGUGGCUGUGAUUGUCACUUUGACUUUGAUUGUUUGGAUACCUCUUAGCUGUAUUGUGAGACUUCUCGACAAGAAACUUCGUGAAGCACAACUGAAAGCUGUUCCAGUCAAUUUAAGGACAACGAGCUUCAAUCCUCAUGGGGCUGAACAUCGUGACAACCAUGCUCCCCUUCUUGCUGAUCACCAAAAUAACUGA